AUGGCCGAGUCAAACGCCGCCGCUCCGGCGCUUCAUACCAACAUCGAGUCGGGUAACUUCGACGAGAAGGAGGCUCACCGCGCCCAGAAUCCCACUGUUGCCAAGCCUGCUAAGGGUGAGGAUGAAGAAGAGGAUGAGGACAUUGAUGCCUUGAUCGAGGACCUCGAGUCGCAAGAUGGCAACGCUUUCGACGAGGAGGAGGAAGAAGAAGGACAAGCUGCCGGUUCCGGUCGUGUUGUACCGGAGGAGAUGCUCCAAACUGAUACUCGCGUUGGUCUAACAGAGGCUGAGGUUACCAACCGCCGCCGAAAGUAUGGUCUCAAUCAGAUGAAAGAGGAGAAGGAAAAUCUCAUCCUCAAGUUCUUGGGUUUCUUUAUUGGUCCUAUUCAAUUCGUCAUGGAGGCUGCCGCUGUCCUUGCUGCCGGUUUGGAAGAUUGGGUCGACUUUGGUGUCAUUUGCGCUCUACUACUUCUCAACGCCUGUGUUGGUUUCAUUCAGGAAUUCCAGGCUGGUUCAAUUGUCGAUGAGCUGAAGAAGACUCUUGCCCUCAAGGCUGUUGUCCUCCGUGACGGAACUCUUAAGGAGGUUGAAGCUCCCCAAGUCGUCCCUGGUGAUAUCCUCCAGGUCGAAGAGGGUACUAUUAUUCCUGCUGAUGGCCGAAUCGUCACCGAUGAUGCCUUCCUCCAGGUCGAUCAAUCUGCCAUUACUGGUGAAUCUCUCGCCGUCGACAAGCACAAGGGUGACCAAUGCUUCGCUUCUUCGGCUGUCAAGCGUGGUGAGGCCUUCAUGGUCGUUACCGCCACUGGUGAUAACACUUUCGUCGGUCGUGCUGCUGCCCUUGUCAACCAGGCUUCUGCUGGUUCCGGUCACUUCACUGAAGUCCUCAACGGUAUUGGAACUGUGUUGUUGAUUCUGGUCGUCUUCACCCUUCUGGUUGUCUGGGUUUCUUCUUUCUACCGAUCCAACCCUAUCGUUGACAUCCUCCGUUUCACCCUUGCCAUUACUAUUGUUGGUGUCCCCGUCGGUCUUCCGGCCGUUGUCACUACAACCAUGGCUGUCGGUGCUGCUUACCUUGCCAAGAAGAAGGCCAUUGUUCAGAAGCUUUCCGCCAUCGAGUCUUUGGCCGGUGUUGAGAUUCUCUGCUCUGACAAGACCGGUACCCUGACCAAGAACAAGCUCUCUCUGUCUGAGCCUUACACUGUCGCCGGUGUUGACCCCGAGGAUCUUAUGCUUACUGCCUGUCUCGCUGCCAGCCGCAAGAAGAAGGGUAUUGAUGCCAUCGACAAGGCUUUCCUCAAGUCUCUCAAGUACUAUCCUCGUGCCAAGGGUGUCCUUUCCAAGUACAUUGUUAAGGAGUUCUUCCCCUUCGACCCUGUCUCAAAGAAAGUUACCGCUGUUGUCGAGUCCCCUCAAGGUGAACGCAUUACCUGUGUCAAGGGUGCCCCUCUGUUCGUUCUAAAGACCGUCGAGGAAGACCACCCUAUCCCUGAGGAGAUUGACCAGGCCUACAAGAACAAGGUUGCUGAAUUCGCUACCCGUGGUUUCCGUUCUCUCGGUGUUGCCCGCAAGCGUGGUGAGGGUGCCUGGGAAAUCCUUGGUAUAAUGCCUUGCUCUGACCCCCCUCGUCACGAUACUGCCCGUACUAUCAACGAAGCCAAGCGCCUAGGUCUCUCCAUCAAGAUGCUUACUGGUGAUGCCGUCGGUAUCGCUCGUGAAACUUCUCGUCAACUCGGUCUUGGUACCAACGUCUACAAUGCUGAGCGUCUUGGUCUUGGUGGCGGUGGUGACAUGCCUGGUUCUGAGGUUUACGACUUCGUCGAGGCUGCUGAUGGUUUUGCUGAGGUUUUCCCCCAACACAAGUACAAUGUCGUCGAGAUCCUUCAACAGCGUGGUUACCUUGUUGCCAUGACUGGUGACGGUGUAAACGAUGCUCCCUCAUUGAAGAAGGCUGAUACUGGUAUUGCUGUCGAGGGUGCCUCUGACGCUGCCCGAUCUGCUGCCGAUAUCGUCUUCCUUGCCCCCGGUCUAGGUGCCAUCAUUGAUGCUCUUAAGACUUCCCGACAAAUCUUCCACCGUAUGUACGCUUACGUCGUAUACCGUAUCGCUCUUUCUCUUCACUUGGAAAUCUACCUCGGCCUGUGGAUCGCAAUCUUGAACCGCUCCCUCAAUAUUGAACUGGUUGUCUUCAUUGCCAUCUUCGCCGAUGUUGCCACUCUAGCUAUUGCUUACGACAAUGCCCCCUACUCCAUGAGCCCUGUCAAGUGGAACCUCCCCAAGCUUUGGGGUAUGUCCGUUCUCCUUGGUGUUGUUCUUGCCGUCGGUACCUGGAUCACUGUUACCACCAUGUACGCUCAGGGCGAGAACGGUGGUAUUGUCCAGAACAAUGGUAACAUGGAUGAGGUUCUUUUCCUUGAGAUUUCUCUUACUGAGAACUGGCUGAUCUUCAUUACCCGUGCUAAUGGUCCUUUCUGGUCUUCUAUCCCUUCGUGGCAGUUGACUGGUGCCAUUCUCCUUGUCGAUAUCCUUGCCACCUGCUUCACCAUCUGGGGUUUCUUCGAAAACGGAGCGUUGACUCACAUUGUCGCCGUUGUCCGUAUUUGGAUCUUCUCCUUUGGUGUCUUCUGUAUCAUGGGUGGUGUUUACUACAUCCUCCAGGACAGCGUUGGAUUCGACAACCUCAUGCACGGCAAGUCCCCCAAGGGCAGCCAAAAGCAGAGAUCGCUCGAAGACUUCGUCGUCUCUCUCCAACGUGUCUCUACUCAGCACGAAAAAUCUCAAUAG